AUGCAGCUUGUUCCGAAGGAGCUUGACAAGCUCACCAUCUCAAACCUCGGGUUCCUGGCCCAACGGCGUCUGGCCCGGGGCGUUCGACUUAACCAUGCCGAAUCAGUGGCCUUGAUCUCAUCCGUCCUGCACGAGCUUAUUCGCGAUGGCCAUUAUUCUGUCGCCGAUCUGAUGUCCAUCGGAAAGACCAUGCUGGGUCGCCGUCAUGUCCUCCCUUCCGUUGUUGCUACCCUCGUUGAGCUUCAGGUCGAAGGAACUUUCCCAUCAGGUACCUACCUGGUCACCGUACAUCACCCCAUCAGUAGUGAUGAGGGUGACCUCGAGCGUGCGCUGUAUGGAAGCUUCCUACCCGUUCCCGCCGCCGAGGCCUUCCCGGACCCGGAUCCUAGUGAUUUCUUGCCGGAGAAGAUGCCUGGCGCGGUCAUCCCUGUGAAGAACGCGCGGGUGCAUCUGAAUGAUGGACGGAAGCGGAUUAAGCUCAAGGUUAUGAGCAAGGGUGAUCGACCAAUCCAGGUUGGAUCGCACUACCACUUUGUUGAAACGAACCCGCAACUACACUUUGAUCGCGUUCGAUCAUAUGGAUUUCGGUUGGACAUUGCCGCCGGAACCUCCAUUCGGUUCGAACCUGGUGAUACCAAGACUGUUACAUUGGUGGAAAUUGCUGGUAACAAGAUUAUCCGUGGAGGCAACUUCUUGGCGAACGGGCCCGUUGAUCUCAGCCGCGCCGAUGAGAUUGUGACAAAGCUGCAGGUUGCUGGAUUCGCGCACGUCCCCGAGCCAAUGGCCGAUAGCGCGUUGAUCACUGGGUUCUCAAUGGAACGGGAGGCGUACUCUCGUAUGUUUGGCCCGACAACUGGAGACUUGGUGCGCCUCGGUUUGACCGACUUGUGGGUGGAGGUUGAGAAUGAUAUGACCAGCCACGGAGACGAGUGUACUUUCGGUGGUGGUAAGACGGUUCGUGACGGGAUGGGUCAGGCAUCAGGACGCUCGGCCUCUGAGUGCGUAGACACAGUUAUCACGAAUGCGCUUAUCAUCGAUUGGACCGGUAUCUUCAAGGCUGAUAUUGGAAUCAAGGAUGGUAUGAUUGUUGGAAUUGGAAAGGCCGGUAACCCGGAUGUGAUGGAUGGUGUGCAUCCCGAUUUGGUGGUUGGUGCUUCCACCGAUGUCAUUGCCGGUGAGAACAAGAUCGUCACCGCUGGUGGUUUCGAUACGCACAUCCAUUUGAUCUGCCCACAGCAGGUGGACGAGGCUUUGGCUUCAGGAAUUACUACUUUCCUGGGUGGUGGUACUGGCCCCAGUACUGGAUCGAACGCGACUACUUGCACACCGGGUCCGAACCACUUGCGCCAGAUGAUGCAGGCGUGCGAUAGCCUGCCCAUCAACAUUGGUAUUACGGGCAAGGGUAAUGACUGCGGACGGAUCAGCAUCGAGGAGCAGAUUAAGGCGGGUGCUGCCGGUCUCAAGCUGCACGAGGAUUGGGGUUCCACACCCGCUGCCAUCGACAACUGCCUGACACUCUGCGAUGAGUAUGACGUGCAGUGCAUGAUCCACACCGACACUCUGAAUGAGUCCGGAUUCGUCGAGCAGACCGUUGAAGCCUUCAAGGGCCGCACUAUUCACACAUACCACACUGAGGGUGCUGGUGGUGGUCACGCACCCGACAUCAUCAGUGUCGUCGAGCACCCUUAUGUCCUGCCCAGCAGUACCAACCCGACCCGCCCUUUCACACUGAACACAUUGGACGAGCACCUCGAUAUGCUGAUGGUCUGCCACCACCUGUCGAAGAACAUCCCCGAAGACGUCGCGUUUGCCGAGAGUCGUAUCCGCGCCGAGACCAUCGCCGCCGAAGACGUUCUCCACGAUCUUGGCGCCAUCAGUAUGAUGUCCUCCGACUCGCAAGCCAUGGGCCGCUGCGGCGAGGUCAUCCUGCGUACCUGGCACACCGCGCACAAGAACAAGACCCAGCGCGGUCCCCUCCCCCAAGACGCCGGUACCAACAAUGACAACUUCCGCGUGAAGCGUUACAUUAGCAAGUACACCAUCAACCCUGCCCUAGCACAGGGUAUGGGCCAUCUGAUCGGUAGUGUGGAAGUGGGCAAGAUUGCCGAUCUGGUCCUCUGGAACCCAAGAAAUUUUGGUACGAAGCCUGUGCAGGUUCUUAAGAGUGGUAUGAUUGUCAUGGCAGAGAUGGGUGACCCUAACGCCUCGAUUCCGACCAUUGAGCCGAUGAUCAUGCGACCAAUGUUUGGUGCCCGGGUUCCUAGCACGUCGAUCAUGUUCGUUUCUCAAGCUUCUAUCGAUGAAGGUAUUGUCCAGACAUAUGGUCUUAAGAAACGAAUCGAAGCCGUGAAGGGAUGCCGAACCGUUGGAAAGAAAGAUAUGAAGUUUAAUGACACCAUGCCUAAGAUGAAGGUUGAUCCGGAGAGUUAUACUGUCGAAGCAGACGAUAUGCUCUGUGACGCUGAACCUGCGACCGAAUUACCCUUGACACAGGCCUACUACAUCUUCUAG